AUGAUCAAUCACGCAUUCAAAGAGCAACUAGCCACGCUUAAUAACUUCACCACUGUGAGUGGACUAAAGAAUGAUUCUAUGGAUUUACAUAUUUUUAAAUGUGAUAGCUUAUGGUGUCAUACAAAAACCAACAAUUUAAAGGUAAGCGACGCUCAUUCCGAACAGUUGACACUAGAUUUACUACUGUUAAAUCAAGACUAUAAAAAAUCAGAAGAUUUUGGAAAUGAACUAAAUCAGACAAUGUCAAUGACCUUGGAUUCAGACCCUAUAUACUCCAUAAAUCGUGAUUGCCUGAGUUUAUAUCUUUCCAUUUUCACUACUGACCUUUCAUGGAAUACAGUCUCAUCAUCCUGGUUUCCAGGGACAUCUCAAUUCUCAAAGUUUUAUCCAGGUCAUAGUGGGAAUAAAGCCAAAAAAAGAUCUUCGUGUGAUUAUCAAGAGUUUUUGCAAAAUGGCAAAAGUAGCUAUAAAUUUGAUAAAAAUGAAAUAAUUAAUUUAGCAACAGAUUAUCAGACUUGCAAGAUUUUGCAGUCAUAUUUAGAUAAAUUGAACCGUCACGAGAUUGAUGUGAUUUAUAAGAUUAUCGAGAAGGAUAUAAUAGGAUUAAUUUUGAAUUCAUAUGGUAACUACUUUAUUCAAAAGCUAAUCAUUUCUGUUAGUCUUGAAAAUAGAGUAAAUUUAUUGAAAACUAUUGCGGGACAAUUCAACUCUAUUGCUACGGAUAUUCAUGGAACAAGGGUCAUUCAAUCUUUGGUUGAUUGUGUAGAAACCAUCCAAGAACAAGAGCAAAUAAUCAAAUUAAUUGAUAAUGAUUUAAUCCAAUUUUGUCAUGAUCCUAACAGUAAUCAUAUUAUUCAAAAAAUACUGGCGAAAUUCGAUCCAGAAGCGUUGAUAGGAAUUUAUCAAAUUAUGUUACAAAAUUGUAUCUCAAUAUCGAAAGAUAAGUUUGGAUGCUGUAUUAUUCAACGUUGUAUUGAUUAUGGCACGAGUAAUCAGGUCGCGACUUUAAUUGGGCAUAUAGUUAAAAAUGCAGAAAGUUUAAGUUUUGACGCUUAUGGUAAUUAUGUCAUACAAUAUAUUAUUAAAAUGGAACAAAACAUUUACUCAUGUAAGUACACUUUUGAUAUUUUGAAUAAUUUGAAGGGGAAAUUGACGACCAUUUCGAACCAUAAAUUUAGUUCUAAUAUCAUUGAGUUAUUGCUAAAGAAUCCAAAUGUGGCAGAUGUGAUUAUAAAGGAAUUUCUUUCAUAUGGAGCAAAAGGUAACACUUUUAAUUCAAUAAAUGUACUAUUAAAUGAUAAGUAUGGGAAUUACGUUCUACAGACUGCAUUAGCUUCAUCCAGACAGAAUAACAUUCUAUUAUAUAAUCAAUUGGUAAAUAAAAUAUUACCAUUAUUAACUGAUGAAGUUAAGGACACUCCGCAUGGUAAGAAAAUAUCAAAAAAGAUCAAGAUGAACAACAAUCUCAGACUUCGAAAAUAG